UGUGUUUAAAUAUAUGUGUAACGUGAUUUUGUGCUAAAUGUUUAUUUAAAUAAAUUGUCUGGAAAUGUUAAAACAAAAUAAUAACGAUACAGAAGAAAAUGGUAGAAAUAAAUUGUACUCCGAACAAGAUCAAUUACUUUGGAAAAAAGGAAAUUUCGACAAUGAGAAUGAUUUUGAGAAAAGAUUUAAGGAAAUGCCAUUGACGGAAGACACUACGUGUGGAAUACCAUUUUUUCAGAGAUUUGCUAAUAAGAAAGCAUUUGUAAUAUUUUAUGGCUUAGUAGGAUGCAUAUACACAGCAACUUAUGCAUAUUUUAAUGGAACGAUUACUACUCUUGAAAAACGUUUUAAGAUACCGAGUAAAACAUCAGGUAUUAUAUCCGUGGGCAACGACAUAAGUUCUUUAUUUGCAUCCAUAAUAAUCAGUUAUUAUGCUGGAAAAGGGCAUAAACCCAGGUGGUUAGCCCUAGGCCUCUAUACCGUGGUUCUAUUUUGUCUUAUGACUGCUCUUCCUCACAUCAUCUACGGACCAGGACAAGAUGCCUUAGGAUUAACUUUGGAGCAUGGUGCUGUCUAUGACCAAAAUACCACAAUUGAAGUUCUGAACGAACAGAGAAAGAAGAAUCUAUGUCACUUAGAUGGUAGUGGCACAAAAUGCGAAGUAAAAGAAGGAAGUUUAGCUCCUCAAAUAAUACUAUUUGCAGCACAAUUUAUAUCUGGAAUUGGUGGAUCUUUAUAUUAUACCUUGGGAAUUUCGUACAUGGAUGAUAAUGUGAAAAAAUCAAAAACUCCUGCUUUGAUGAGUUUCUCUAUUUUCCUAAGAACCCUUGGCCCAGCAGUAGGAUAUGCCUUAUCAAGUCUUUGCUUAAAAUUUUUCAUUUCUCCAUCUUUAACUCCGGUAAUAAAUAAUACAGAUAUGCGCUGGUUGGGAGCCUGGUGGGUAGGAUGGUUAAUUUUAGGAGGAAUCUUGUUCAUUUUUGCAACGAUUCUCGGAAUGUUUCCAAAAACUUUACCACGAGCAGCUUUAAGACGACAAAUAGCACUCGAGAAAAAAAAUAUUGACGAGAACGAAACCAAAAAUGAUCCACCAGCUUCUAUGAAAGAUAUGGUAGUGACAAUAAAACGAUUAGUACGUAACAAAAUAUUAAUGUUGAAUGUAUUUACGUCUGUAUUUUAUUUCUUUGGAUAUAUGGCGUAUUGGAUAUUUUUGCCAAAGUAUAUAGAAAUACAAUAUAGACAAAGUGCAUCUAUAGCUAGUCUUAUGACAGGAACUGUAGGACUUGUUUUUUCUGCGAUCGGUAUUUUAUCAUCAGGGGUAGUGAUAACAAAAUUGAAACCUGGAGGAAGAGCAUUAGCUGGUUGGAACACAUUUGUUGGCGCUUUAUCUGUAGUCUGGAUGGUACUGUUCGUAUUUCUUGGAUGCUCUGCAAAUGACAAUAACAUUGUCAUUAAUUCUACGCCCACUAAUAAUUCAGUUGCUACUUGUAAUUCGAAUUGCAAAUGCGAUUUUGUUCCAUACUUUCCGGUUUGUUCCGCAGAUGGAGCGACUACUUUCAUCUCGGCAUGUCACGCCGGUUGCAGAGAUCAUUUUGAAGACAACAACAAAAAAAUCUUCACAAACUGCAGUUGCAUCGAUGCAGAUAAAUUUGACAAAAACUCUAUAUUCUUUGACAAAGUUCCUAGUGAAGUGGUGAAACAAAAUAUUGGUAACAAAUCUGGAUUUGCAAUUCCUGGAAGUUGUCCAGUGGAUUGCUCAAAACAAUUUUAUAUUUUCUUAGCUGUCGUUUGUUUAAUGAAGUUUACUAGCGCUACUGGUAGAGCCAGCAAUUUUCUAAUCGCCGUCAGAUGCGUGGACCCGAAAGACAAACCCAUGUCAAUGGCUCUGGCUCUGAUGAUAUUCUCCUUGCUUACAUUAAUUCCUGCGCCAAUAUUUUUCGGAGCUAUAUUAGAUAAGACAUGUUUAGUUUGGGGCAAAACCUGCACAGGAACUGGAAAUUGCUGGUUAUACGAUGUAGAAUCCUUACGUUAUCUUUUGAAUUUAACUGCAGCUGCUUUUGUUGCAAUUGGUACAUUAUUCGAUGUUGGAGUUUGGUAUUUUAUUAAAGAUUUAAAAAUGUAUGACGAAGACGAUAAUGUUAAAAGUGAUUUAGAAAUGAAGAAUAUAGGUAGUAAAAAAGAUCAACGUAGUGUAUUGCAAUAGAAUGCUAGUAC